AUGGAUAAACACUUUGAGAAGGUGGAUAAACACUUCAACUAUCUUCAUGAUAGCAACUCUAUAGUUCCAUCAAUGAAUGUACCUACCAACACUAAGCCUAGGAGGGGUAGACCAAAGAAAAAGAAAGGUAUACCGUUAAUGGACAAAAUGCCAAUCAAAUUUCAGCCUCAUAUAUCUAAGAUCAUAGAUGUAUUACCAGAUGGGAAUUGUGGAUUGAGAGCUGUGGCAGCAUUAUUGGGAAUGGGUGAACACUUGUGGCAUGUUGUUAGAAAGAAAAUGAUUGACGAGACGAAAAUCAGAGCUGAAAAGUAUAGUGCAACAUAUGGGGCAAAACUGUGUCAAACCAUAAUAGAUGCUUUAAAUGGCGCACCUGAAGAGCUUGUCACUGAAGAAAAGUGGUUCACAAUACCAGACAUGGGUUACAUUGUUGCUACGACCUUUAAGGUUGUCUUGAUCACGUUGUCUAAUUCGGGUUGUACGACAUUCUUACCUCUUGUUGGAGCAGCACCCAUUAGUCACCAUAUUAUAAUACUUUGA